UAAAUCUUGCUGGCGUCAUCGCGUUGAUAAUAAUAGAAAAAUAAGACGUUAUCAACUGUCUCGGUGGGUUAUAAAUCUCCAAUGAAUUGUGUCAGAAGCUAAAACUUGGCUGGAAGAAGACGAGAUGGCAAUGAAACAACUGAUCCAUGUUGUAUCCUUCUACUUUAUAAUUAUUGUAACGUUGUUGACUAUUCAAGCCUUUGCUCCUUCAUCAGGAUGUCCACCUAAAGAAAACAUUUUCCCACAAUGUACAUGUACGAGUGGAAUUGUCAUAUCGUGCAAAGUUGGAAAAAUUGAUGAAAUUCCACUUUGGGCUUUCCGAGGAUAUACCAUAAGUCGUCUGGAACUAACAACAUAUCAAGAAAAUGAUAAAUUUUUCCCUCACUCCUUUAUGGGGCUAACUAUAAAGUUUAUUGAGCUGAAGUCAUUUCAGUUGAAAACUUUAAGUUUGAUGGAAGACUUCCAGGGCUUAGAGAAAUCACUAACUGGAUUGUCAGUCGUAACAUCAAAGGUUGAUAACAUAACUGCUUCAGAGCUUAAACAAAUAAGCCAAGAGUUUUCUCUACUUGUAACUCUAAACAUGGAAGGGAGUAAGUGUCUGGUGAAUACUGCAAUCCAAUAUAUAGGAAUACCUAACCUUAAGAAUUUUAUUUGCACUGGAAGAUCAGGCAAUGAAAACUUUAAAACUGUUCCUAGUCAUUUAUUGGCAGAUUUUACAAAACUUGAGAAGGUUGAGUUAAGUGGAAUUGGAUUUCAAAGUAUUGAGAACAAUGUAUUCCCAUCGGAUGCAAGAUAUCUGAGGAUAAUCAAUUUAAGGGAUAACAACUUGCAGGAACUCGACAUACAUUUAUUCCAAAGAUUACCUGUACUUAAAGAAGUCUAUUUACAAGGAAACAAGCUAACUAGUAUAGAUAAAAGUGUCUUUCAACCAGUGUGGAAUCAACUGACUCACCUUUACCUAAACUGUAACAGUGUUGUUUGUGAUUGCCAAGUCGCUUGGAUUCUCUUCAGCCCAAAGAAACCUGCAAAUUUCAUACCUCCAACAUGUCACGGUCAAUCUAAAAUUCCGAAUACCGCAAAAUUUGCUGGACUAAUACUAACUGACAUUGAUUUAGAAGAUUUAUGUCCAAAUUGGGGUCAAUAUUUCUAGAAAGACCAUCGAUGCUACCAGAGAAUUAUGUUACAAUAAUUUGCCAGGAAAGUAACAUUUUAUGUAAUACGUUUCUGGAUAAAUAAUAAAACAAAUUUUGUAGCACUUA